AUGGCCGCCGACGCCGAGAGGCGCAUGGAGUCGCUGCGGCAAAAGAUCGAGUUCUGCGAGGAGAUCCUGAGCAAGCCCGACGCAGCAUGGGUGAGCCGUGUCACCGCCAUGAAGCAGCUCGAGACCGCCGUCAUGGGCAUGGCCACGAGUGACGGUGAUCGCGACGGCGCCAACUUUAACGCGGCGCCGAUCGUGGGCCAUCUGCUCGUUCUUGUCAAUGGGUUUCUGCAGACGCUGGCUGACUGUCGACCGGCCGUGGCCAAGCAAGCGUGCAGUCUCCUCUCGUCGCUCGCAUGGCUGUGUGGCCCGCCACUGCGGCCGCUCUCCGAGGCGCUCCUCCUAUCUGUGUUUCACCUCGCGACAAAGAAGAAGCAGACCCAAGUCAUCGCGCUCUCGGCGCGCCAGUGCUUGCACAGCCUCACCAAGGCGACGCGGUACCCCGUGGCACUGCUCGAGCGCGCGUACAAGCAGGCCAAAGACGACGGCGACAAGCGCAUGCUUUGCGUCUCGCUCAUCGUGCUCGUCCUGCGCUUCUGGCCCCCGUAUGAAGUCCUCGAACGGGCCAACUACAUGGCGAUGCGGCGUGUGAUUUUACAAAGCCUCUUUGACGACGACGCCGCCGUGCAAUCGCAAGCCCGUCUCGCGCUCUGCCUCCUCUGUGAAUACGGGCAGGAACACAUCCGCUUCCUCCUCGAGCAACUCCCGCACGAGGUCCUUGCGUGCAUUGCUGACGAGUUUCCCGACUCGAUGCUGGCGCAGCCGCCAGCGUGCCUCGAAUCGCCGUCCGAAGACGACGACGACGAUGAUGAUGACGAUAUCAUUUUGUCCCCGAUCCUCGAGCUCGACGACGAAGACCACGAGUCGGACGACAGUGUCUUGCGCCGGCGUAAUCUCCGAGCGCGACCCGUGCUGCCACCGCGCGACAUGUCGCUCGUGACGCUGCGCAACGCUGCGACGCCGACCGAGCUGAAGUUGGAGCUCUCGUUUGCGAGUCUUCCGGACCACCUCUCGGCGAUCACUGAGGGCGACGAGCCACCGAGCGCGUCGUCGACUCCUCUCAAAGCAUCGCCGCCACCAAGCGAUUUGUCCGUCAACACACCGCUACCUGCGCGCAGCGUUCUCGACAUCAAGCCGCCAUCGCCGUCGCUCAUCCCGCGCCCGCCCUCCCGUCUCAAGUUCAAGGGACGCAGCCUACCAUCGGCAUCCUCACCGACACCAUCCGCGACGCCAACCGCCGUGAAAUCCACGCCGCCACCGACAACAGAGACUGCGCCUGCCACUGCACGUCCACUUGCAGUGCGCGAGGUGACACUUGCUGCUCCGACACCUCGGCGGCAGAUGACGCUGUCGAUGGUGCCGGCGGUUGUGGCCUCUGGAGCACACGGUCAGGUGGCGUCACCGAUACCCGAGAUGCCGACUCGCGACCCGCGCAUCCCAACGAGCAAGCCAUCGCUUCGACCCCAACGAGCGACCAUCUUUACGCUCUCGCCACCUCCGUCGGUCGCCAAGCCCAAGGAGAUUGCCGCCGCUGUGGUCGAAGAUGUGGCGCCAGUGGAUCCGCCGACAGACGACGUACUACUGCACGAAGAACAACCUGCGUCGGCUCUCCUGCAAGAGCUCUGGGCGCCGCGACGACCGUCGUUCGACUCGGACGCGGACUUGAGCACGUCAUUGGAUGAUUCAUCUCUGCACGCUGGAAACGCCCGCGAGCAGCUCUUUGGCCCGAGCUGGAGCGUGAGCACGCUGUCGCCCAAGGAGGCCAACUGGGCAGACGACUUUGACUGCAGCGUCCAGAGCAUCGGCAGCAACCUCCUUGACGACGACGACGAGGAGGCGCUGCGCAUGCUCCACGCGGAAUGGGUCCAGCCGGCAGACAACGAGGUCCGCCCGCCCUCGCCCCGAUCGCUCGUUGGCUCGCAGUCCCUCGUGUCGCCAGUGCGCAGGACCGAGGAAGCACCACACCACAAGCCACUGCAACUCGCCACGGACGCGGCGUUGACCAUCGACUUGUCGGCGCAUCACGAAGCCGAGUGGGCGAUGGCGCCGCUGCCUCUUCGCACAAUCAACAACUCGACGCCUGUGGUCACGCCAGUGGUCACUAAGAACCGCGCGUCGCCGACCGAGAUUCCGCUGCGACAGCGGCAUCGUGUGGGGUCGGGCGCGUCAUCCCGUAGCAGCGACGCAUCACUGCGUGAACCAAAGACACCCACGACGUACCGUGUCCCGCAUGGACGUCUCGUCGGGCGUGUACCACCGACGGCGGUGGCGCCACCACCUGCCGACAACUGGUCGCCAUCGCCCGCGCCGAUUGCAGCUACUGCCGCGACGCCGACACUACGCCCGCUGCUCAUCGACGUCGCGCUCACGCUCAUCUGGUGGCUCAGCUUUGCCUUUUGCGUCUAUGGGCUCUUGGGUGCGAUCGAGGCGUACAGUGCGCGCAAGGUCGCCGCGCUCUACUCGGAGCACUUGCGCCCAGCGCUCGAACUGCAGUUUGAAGUGGUGGCGGCGUCCACGUCGUCCCAGCUGCAGCGGCUUGUCGAGUGGAUCCAAGCGUGGCGCGCCACCAUGGACGCGCAGGAGGCGUCAGUGCCGCUCCUGUCGCAGGUGGCCACUUGGACCGCGACGUCCUUUGACGCGCUCGUGGCGCAAAUGCAAGCAACGGCGCGCGUGCAACUCGAGGGGUCGUCCAAUAUGUAG